AUGCCAGCCAGGAUUCUUCAGCUUGUUCCAAGUUCACGCCCACGUGGCUUCUAUUAUUGUCCUACAAGAGCAGCGUUUGCCACGUGGCUCGUAUUCGCCCUCAGCCGGUACCUCCCGGAGCACCCCCGUGAGGUGACGUGGGGAAAGAUCCAUGCGGGGAAAGAAAGAACUGACGGCCUCAGAAUUCCCGUCUCCAGGUUGACAGAUACUGACAAAGUCUGUGAAUCCGCUCAUGAGUCUUUCAAGUCGUACAAAAAAACUUCGGCACGGCAGCGAGCACGUUGGCUCCGACGCUGGAGUGAUCUCUGCCUGAAGAACAUCGACGAUCUGGCACUCAUCCUGACUCUCGAAAACGGCAAGGCCGUCGCCGAGGCGCGCGGCGAAGUAACUUAUGCCCCCUCCUUCCUGGAAUGGUUUGCCGGCGAAGCAGAACGGAGUCAUGGCGAGGUUGUCCCCGCUGCCAACACCUCCCGGCGCAUCCCGACCAUCAAAGAACCGCUGGGAGUCGCCGCAUGCCUUGCUUCUUGGAACGUCCCCAUUGCCAUGAUAACCCGCAAAGGCGGUGCUGCUGGAUGCACAGCCAUCUGGAAGCCGGCCGGAGAGACACCGAUGAGCGCCCUCGCACAGGCAGUGUUGGCACAACAGGCCGGCUUCCCCGUGGGAGUCAUCAAUGUGGUUACCACACUGGACAAGGCCGCCGAGGUCGGAGAGGCGCUGUGCAAAUCCAGACUCGUGCGUAACCUCAGCUUUACGGGAUCCACCAGUGUGGAAAAGCUUCUCGUCCGGCAAUGCGCCAGCAGCUUAACCAAGCUGUCUCUGGAGCUCGGCGGCAAUAGCACCUUUAUCGUCUUCGACGACGUCAAGCUCGGGACCGCAGUGGAAGCGUGCAUGCAGGCCAAGACACGAAACACCGGCCAGACUUGUGCGUCUGCGAACCGUAUCCUUGUUCAGGAUGGCAUCUAUGACUCUUUCACCGAGGCUCUGGUCAAGCGAGUCAAGGAUAUAAAGGUAGGAUUGGGCACUGCGGAGAUUAUGUCAAUGGGGCCCCUGACGCAUGAACACGCCAAAUGUAGCGGUGCUUCUGUCCUGCUCGGUGGCGAGACUUGCCAUCCAGGUGGUCUUCCGGGUUAUUUCUUUCAACCCACUUUUUUGAGCAAUGUAUCCACAGACUCAUUGAUCACUCACGAAGAGGCAUUUACUCCAGUAUUCGCCCUCUAUCGCUUUCAGACCGAAGAGGAGGCCAUUGAUAUAGUCAAUGACUGUGAUGUCGGACUGGGUAGCUAUGUAAUGACCGAAAGCGUGGCGCGUAUUUGGAGAGUCGCCGAGAGUCUCGAGGUUGGCAUGGUUGCUGAAUCAGGGUAUGGACUUGAAGGUGGACGGCGAGGAAUUGAUGAGUAUCUUACAGUCAAGAGCAUCCUGAUUAAUAUCGCAGAUUAA